AUGACGGACCAUACAGUUUCCGAGCAUUUGAUUAAAACUGAUGGACACGAAUCACGCGCAGAGCAUGAUCAAGAUGGAGAAAACACACCAGAUGCGAAUGAAGAAACAACAGAUCAACUUAUCGAUGAAGAAAACGGUCAACACGAAGAUAAUUCACCACCAAAAGUUCAAUUACAACCGAUCAUUGCGCCUGAUAUGUUUCCUCCACCAGUUGUUGUUUGUGAUCAUCCUGAGAAUUAUCCUGUAUCAUAUCGAUCGAACUCGAAAAAAGAACAAUUGAUCUUGACAUUCAUUGAAAAUUUUCGUCGACAAUAUCAUCAUCUUUAUCGCGAUCGCAAACCACUUUUUUUAAAUCCAUACAAUGAAUGUGGUGUACAAAAAUUUGUUUGCACAACAGUUCAACCAACGUUACUUUCAUUUUCAACAUUAUUUCAAUGGGAUGCAGCAGCAGAAUUCGUCGCUGAUCAUCUCAACUAUGAAUUACUCGAACCACCACACGAAAUUCCUAAAACACUUUGGUCACCAACAAAAAUUCUUUUGGAUCAACGUGGUAAUUGUUUUGAUUAUGCCACUCUUCUCUGCUCAUUAUUAAUCGGUGCUGGAUACGAUGCUUACGUCGUCAGUGGUUACGCAACAAGAGAAGUUUGCUACAUGGAUACAACUCGACUGCCAAAUCCUUAUAUGAAAAAGAAAGAAGAAAAACGUGUAGAAAAAGUCAAACCUCCAUAUAAAAAAUAUACAGUUAAACCGCCCAAAGAUUUAACAUCGAAAUACGAUGCUUAUAUGCGUCAACGAAAACUGGAUCAAAUUCAAGCAGAAAAAGAUCGCAAACAAGAAGAAGAAAAUCGACGAAUUGCGGAAAUUGAAAAACCAUUACCUGAUCCACUCUAUGGUAUUCGAGUACAUGCUUGGGUCUUAGUUCUCUCCGGUAAACGUGAAGUACCCGAAGCAUUUUUUAUUGAACCAACAACAGGCUAUGGCAAAGCAACAAACGAUGUGGAGUACUUAGGUAUCGAGAGUGUUUGGAAUCAUCAAAACUAUUGGGUCAAUGUUCAAGAUUGUUCCAAUGGUUGCGAGUCACUUCAAUUCGAUUUGAAUGAUCAAGCACGAUGGGAAUUUAUGUUUACAUAUUCGGCAAAUUUACGUGGCACAUUAACAGCUACGUUAAAUACUGUAGGCAAUUCAGCAAUUCUCGAUGAAGAAGACGAGAAACCAAGUACUGAAGUCACGCAAAAGGAUAUCGAACUACCUCCAUCAUGGGUUGAUCAUCUUGUUUUAACGAAGAAAGAAUUUCAAGAGCGAUAUCCACAUUGCCGUAAAACAUAUUUCUAUAAGAAGACUCGAGUAGAAAAAUAUGCACCAUAUCAUAUGAAAGAUGGUAUUAUUCUUAAAGUAUCCGAAUUUGCUGAUUAUGACUUCAAAGACCUCAUUUAUGUUACACAAAGAUAUGCUCAUCGUCAGGAUAAACUGGAAGAACGUAGACAUGAUGUUCGAAGUAAUAUAGUCUACGAAGACUAUUUACCAGGUCGAUCUGAUCAUUUAAAAGAGCAUACAUACGGUUUUGGGCCUGAAUUUGAACGUAUAAUGAUCUAUUAUGACAAAGCACGUAUAGAUGGCUUAGCUAAACGACACGAAACUACACUUGAAUUAACAGAUUAUUUUGUUAAUCGCGAUGACUUUCUUGAAUAUCGGAAAGCUGUAUUCGAACCUCGACCGAAAAAAUUCGGUCCAGCUGAUAAGGAUACUAAUCGGCCAAUUCUUUCGAUUACCGAACAAUACGGUCGAAAUUUAGAAUUGAAUGCCAAUGACGAUGUUCGUGAAAUAGUCUAUGCGAUUAAAGAUGAGAAAUUCAUCAUUACUUAUCAUCGCGAUGAUAUUCACAUUACACCAUCGACGAGAACGUUCAUCAAACCACCUAAUUGGAAUGAUAAAACCGUAACAUUGAAAUGGAGUGAUGAUCAAUUAGAAGCUUACCAGGCUGAUGAAGAUUUCAAGCAAUUGUCGAAACGUGAUUUGUAUCAUAAAGUGCUUCAGCUGUUAGAACAAGAAGAAGAAGUUAUUCGACGCGUUCGAAAAGCCGAAGACGAAACACGUGAUCUGCAAAAUCGUCGUCAACAAGAAGAACUAUUAAGCGAUCUCGAAGUUAGUGUUUAUGACACCGAUCGAAACAAUAAAGCGAAACAAUAUCGAGAAGCAUUGGAGAAAAAAGCGAAAGAAGAAAGUGACAAAAAGAAGAUACCUGAAAUAAACUAUCUUGCACCAUUUCUUGCUGCCAUUGGUAAUCCAAGUCGAAUCAAUGCACAAAUUGCCAAUCAAUUACGUACUGCUGCGAUACGUGACUUUAAAGAACGUUCAAUUCGUAAAGCGAAUCUCAUGCAAGCACGAUAUGAAAGUGAAAUCCAGGAACUGUUUACUAAACAGCAAUGGUACCAAAAACAUCAAAUUGGUAUGACGAAAGAAGAUGAACUCGAGUACCAACGUUUAUGUCAAGAAGCACAAUUUCGUUUGCAUAUACUCGAAGAACGAUUAGAUCGACAUAGACAAUUAACAACUGAGAAGUACAUGCAAUUGGAAAAUAAACUCCAAGAAGAUCCUCGUUUGAAAGAACCAUAUAUUAUUCCAACAGAGAAAAAGAAUAGUUAA